UAAUCUGUCGUUACUACGAUAUUGUCCAUAUGGUCAUCGCGUUGCGUAGAUGUAAACAAUAUUUAAUGAUAAAAUAAUUCAAAAAUGCUGAUCAUGCUCAUUCAUGGUUAGGUACUAUGUUGCAUGUUCUUCGUAUUAUUAGUUUAUUAUCUGUCAGAAAGUCCAGUUUAGUUAAAGAUCGGUGUUCCAGUCUGUUUGUCUGCAUUCCGCGGCGCGGUGGCCCCGUUUACCUCGGUAUCGGAACCGAAUCAUUCGGAUGUCUGCCUACAUUCCAACGGCGUUUAUACUUCUGUUUUUUGUUCUAUUCUUCUUAAUCACAAAAGCAUACUUUUGUAGUAGAUAUUCGACCUAUAUUUUAGCUUAUCGUGCAAAGCUUACGGGAUUAUCAGAUAUUUUUAUCACAUAGUCUGAUCGAUUGGUAGGAAAAAAAUAAUAAUUUCUACUUUCACGCAUCACCUUAAUUUAUAGAUGUAAACAAUCAUAAAUUCUAUAAUUUUAUAUACAUAAAGCUCCCUGGGUGCAACUGUAAUUUCAGUUACGUAAAUCAGAAGAAAUGACCUCUCGUAUCAAACAUGACAUAUCGGAACAUUUGUAGAUAACGGAUGACAGAUACUUCAGUUAUGGCACAGUUUGUAGAAGUUGCCUUCCAAUCGCAUAUCGGAUAGAAAUCAUCUCGUUAUGAUCCACAGUUUAUCUCAUUGAUUGAGAACUGAUGAUAGCGGAGUACAAUAUCAGCUCGUCAGUUUCGGUUCAGCGCUCACAUUAUUCUGUGCGGCGUUGUGUGCGCCUUAUGACUUUGUGAUAAAGCUACGAGUGUGUGUAGUUAAGUCAAAUGAAGGUAACAAAGGUCGUAUGUCAAAGGGUGAUGUGAUGUCAGAGCGUGACAGCACUAGUGUCAGUGUGGUUGCGAGCGGCGCGUGCUGCCGCGUGCGUCGGAGGAUGCAGUGCUUCGGAUUUCAAGAAGCGGAGUGCGACGGUUGCGGGGGCGAUGGCGACGAGGGCCGGAAUGUCAGCGAGCUGCUGCUGCCGCAGUACGCGCUGGUCACGGGCGGGCUGGCCAAGGACCACCGCCCGCUCAUCACAUUCCCCGACAACAACAACUUCCACGUCAUCAUGCCAUCUGAGUACCGAAGGCUGCUACUCUACCUCACUUCUGUGCCCUCGUUAUUAGAAGCAGAAAUGGGCUUCCACAUAAUAAUAGACCGAAGGAAAGACCGAUGGAAUUCCGUUAAAACAGUAUUAUUAAGGAUCUCAGAAUUCUUCCCAGGAAUAAUUCACGCCGUUUACGUUCUUCGACCCGCAAGUUUCCUACAAAAAGCUCUGUCAGAAGUCAGUAGUAAAUUAUUUAAGGAGGAGUUUAGAUUCAGGGUGCUAGUCUGUUCGUCUGUGGAGGAGCUGUACGAACACUUCGAUAGGUCUCAGCUGACGCCAGACCUGGGCGGCGAGCUACAGUACUCACAUGCCGAGUGGAUACAACAACGGAUAGCACUAGAAAAAUUUUCUACGUUAAUGAAGGAAAUCUCAAGUAAAUUGGACGAUUUUAUGCAUGAGAUUGUAGACUGCGAUAUGGGAAACGACCCUACACAAACCAAAGAAUUAUUAGACUGUCAGGAAAAUAGGUAUAAAGCUUUAAAAUCUGAACUAUCGUCGGCGACGUCGCAAGGCGAAGAGUUACUGACGCAAGUGCGGAAACCAAACCUUACUUAUAAUAUUAUAAGCCAUGUCGCUGCGGUUGAAAGAUUAUUGGUGCAACUGGAGGAGACUGAAAAACAAUUUGACAAUUUCUGGCAAAAACAUUCCACGAAGUUAAACCAUUGGCUGAAGUUCAGAACAUUUUUAUUAAACUUUAAACAGAUGCAGGCUACUUUAGAUAGUCACCUAAAGACAGCUUGCGAUAUGACAGAGGUAGGCGAAACAGCAAAUAGGGUGGACAAUCUUUUGCAAGAAGCUGGUGAUUUUGAAAAACUGUGUAACUGUGACCUUGAAACUGCAUCUACAGUAAUCGACGAUGGUGAAAAAUUAAUGCAGGACCCGCUAAGUCAAGUUGAUCAUAUAGAGUCAAAAUGCGAAGAAUUAAGACGAACGAGCGCUUUACUUAUUGACAAAAUACAAAAACGAAACUUACUUCUGACUAAAGCAAGAGAACUUAUGGACAGGAUAGAUAAGGCAAACGAUUGGUGCGCGACUGGUGUGGAGAUCCUAGCGGGUGAAGGAGGUCUCAUAGCUGUGGACAAGUUACUGGAGGAUGCUUCGAGUUUCGGUCUGACCGCGCCGGAGUCCUUCCGCGAGAUGUUGAUGCAGUCAGCCACGCAGGAAACCAGGGCACUUGUGACUCAGGUGGCUCAGCGCGUGGAGGACGUGUGGCUGAUGGUGUCGGUGAAGCGCGCGUCCCUGCAGCGCGCGGCCGCCCGCCCCGCGCGCCCCGUGCACGCCGUGCCGCCGCACAGCGCCGCGCCGCAACACAACACGCAGCAGAUGGAGACAUCGGGUGGGUCUGAGAGUUCAGGCGGCGAAGAUGCGGAGGCGCGGCGGCUGCGGCGGGGGCACGUGCUGGCCGAGCUCAUGCAGACGGAGCGGGUCUACGUGCAGGAGCUCGGCUCCAUACUCAACGGUUAUAAGGAAGAAAUUGAAAAACCAGAAAACCAACACUUGCUACCGGCAGCUCUCGUGGGACAGGCUGACGUGCUGUUUGGCAACCUACACGAACUUUUUACAUUCCACCAGGACAUAUUUCUAAAGGAUUUAGAAAAAUCUAUUUCAGCGACGGAACUCGUUGCCUUGUGUUUUGUUGAAAAGAGGGAGACGUUCUUCCGGCUGUACAGCUACUACUGCCAGAACAUCCCGCGCUCGGAGCGGCUGCGCGAGACGCUGGUGGACACGCACCUGUUCCUGCAGGCGUGCCAGCUGCGCCUCGGACACAAGCUGCCGCUCGCCGCCUACCUGCUCAAGCCUGUGCAGCGGAUCACCAAGUACCAGCUACUACUUAAGGAUCUACUAAGAUACAGCGAAUGCGGGUCCAUGACAACGGGUCUUCAGCAAGCAUUAGACUGUAUGCUCGUUGUAUUAAAGUGUGUCAACGACUCCAUGCAUCAAAUAGCAAUCACCGGCGUCCCAUUGGACUUAAGUCAACAAGGUGAGCUGCUGAUGCAGGGCUCGUUCCUAGUGGUGUCAGAGAACAAGCGCGACCUCCGGCUCAGGAUACGGCCGCGGCGACGUCACAUAUUCCUGUACGAAAAGUCCAUGCUGUUCUGCAAGCCGGCCACCAAGAACAGUCACAAUAAAGCUACCUAUCACUUCAAACACGAUCUACAGAUGUCACAAAUCGGCCUGACGGAGUCCGUGAAGGGCGACCCGCGCAAGUUCGAGGUGUGGCGCCAGGGCCGCGCCGAGGUCCACACGCUGACGGCCGCCAGCGCGGAGGUCAAGCGCGCCUGGGUCGAGCGCGUCAAGCGGGUGCUGCUCGACCAGCUCAACGAGCUCAAGGGCGAGCGGGUGCGCCAGUACGGCGCGCAACACAGAACGCUAAUCCAAACGAGUUCGUGGGACCUGGGCCCGCCGGGCAGCCAGCCGCCGAAGGCCGCGGGCGGCGGCGCGGCGGCGGCCCGCGCGGCCUCCGUGGACGCGCACGACGAGCCCUGCUGGUCCACCGACCCCUCCGACGACGAUGACGACGAGCCCGAACACCCGCCGGCGGUGGGGUGCGCGCUGGUGGCGCUGUCGGACUACACGGCGGUGGGCCCCAGCGAGGUGUCGCUGCGCGAGGGCCAGCACGCCGAGCUGCUCAAGGUGGGCUGCGCCGGCUGGUGGUACGUGCGUCUGGCCGCCGGCCACGGCGAGGGCUGGGCGCCGGCGGCGUACCUGGACCAGCGCAAGACGUCGCGGUCGUCGAGCCGCUCGCACGACCGCCUGCACGACCACUGAGCGCUACGGGGCUGCACCGUACUAACUGUUGCGACGUCAGCUUUAUUGGGACGAGUCUACUCCGACCUGCUGGGUACAAAUAACACGCAGUGCUCGUAUUUCUUGUCAUCUUCAGUCCCCGGUCAGAUGUAGAUUAGUUUUAACUUGAAACAUUGGUAUGUGUAGAAGAACUGUUUGUCACUAAAUCUGGUAAAUGUUAUGAUAAAGUGCCUCAAACUUCUUCUUAUUCAUAUUCAGUUAAAUCGGUAAAGGUGUAGAUAUAGUGGUUUUUCAGCACCAGUAGCGAACACCCCGAAACCCCACUUGUUAAUAUUUUUCAAUGUAUGUAAAUGUUGUUCUAAAAAGCUUUAUUAUAAAUUAGUUUUAGCCAUAAACGUGUUGUCGUUACGAUUAUCCAAAGCUAUAUAUAUAGUGGCGUAGGACGUUGUUGAGUAGCUGUGACUGGUAUCGUAUCAUUUCUGUAUAUAAUCUACCUUUAUUUUUUUAACUAUAGUAAUUUAUUUGAUGCUAGUUGAGCUUUCGGUGUUCAUUCGUGUGACGUAUCAAUCCCCCAUGACAAGCAGUGUAUUGUAGUGUUUUCCUUAUCGGGACCUACGUAUUGUUAACAGCCCUUUCGUCGAUGGUGAGCCACGUAUAGUUUUUAAUAGAUCGUUUUCAUAUCAUUUGUUAUCUUCAUAUCAUCUUUGACUUGAGGACCUAUUAGUCGAAAAUGAUAGUUUCAAUCUGUUGUAAUACUAUGAGUAUUAUUACACUUGUUUUUUGCUAGUCCGUAUUAUACAAUCAUGUAACAAUCGAUUUGCUAAUCAUUUAAUAUUAUUUGCUUUAUUUUUGAUUCCUUAUUUUGUUUUCCUCUCACCUAUGUUUAUGUAACUGUCUCGUCGUUGUAUAUGUCAAGUCAAAUUUUCAUAAGAUUUUUAUCUAGAUACCUACUUUUAAUAUGAAAUAUUCUUUUGUAUAAAAUUAUGUUUAUACUUAUUGAAAAUGAUCACAAUUACACUGAAUCGGUCCAUUUAUUUUGUGUUUUAUUUCCGUCCUUUACGCUUUCAUUAAAUCAUAGAACAUUUGUUUAUACAUAUAGGUACCUACAUUACUGUUUAUGCACGACUAAAAACCGAUGUUAACUUUAACAUUAACUAUUACCAAAUCAAAUGACUGCAUCAGUAUUUUAUUUGUGUUCGUAUAAAAGACGCCAAGAUUGUUUACCUUUUCUAGGAUCAUAAACCUACCUAUAGUUAUGUCAGUUAUGUUCAACUCUGGAAAGAGAUAUGGAUAUACAUCCCAAAAAGUAAAUUCUGAAUAUUGGUUUAAUGGUAAUAUUUGUUCACGGCUGAUUAUAAACAGUUCAUAAUUUCACAUCCAUUUAGGUAUUUUUGAACCCAUUAGUAGAGGGCUGAAAUAUCCUUCAGUAGAUAUCGCUCGCUGUAAGAGGUUGUAGAGACUCUCGACCACUUCUUACUGUUAGCGUAAGUAGUAAGCAGUCUGCGCUAUAGUAGGUGCAAUCCUUUCAGCGGUGACCACCUACUCCAUUGUUUAGAUUCACCCUUUAAUUUGUAGAGUUAAGUUGUAGGUACCUACCUCACUGAUAUCAUACCUAUAAUAAUAUGAUGUUUACCUAAAAGUUUGCUGUGUAUUCUUUUUCAACUAAACAGCAAAAUUUAAUUUUGCGUUAGGAAUACUAAGUAUGUUCUACUAUAAAAAAUACUCUCUUUCUGUACCUACCUACCUAAGAACCUAGACAUAAUUAUAUUAUGUAGUACCUAAUGUACCUAGUAUAUAAAUACCUUCAAAAUAUUGUAGACACAUACAUUUAUAUUAUAUCUACCUUUCUAUGUAACAUACCUACUAUAAACGAAUUAAGCAAUUUCACUCAUAAAAUCUAGAAAACCCUACUCUAAAUAAGAAAAGUCUCUCUCUUAUCUAAAAAAGUUCAAAUAAACACGGCUGUGAAAUAUCCAGUGAUGAAUUUUACAAGUUUUUAAUGUUAUUUUACUCCUAUAAUAGCGGUAAAUUUAAAUGUAAAACUUGUCAGUUCCCAGGUACUUAUAUCUAUUUCAAACAUGAUUUUGUAUUGGUGAACAUAUGAGCUUUUCAGCUGUAAAGGAUCAGCAAAAAUAUUGUACUGUAUGUUCAAUGAAUGUACCUAUGCAGUGUACAUACACCUACGAUAGUAAAAAUGUAUGAUAGAGUCCCUAUUCUAACAUUUAAAGAAGUGAAGAAGAGAGUUACAAUAAUUAACAACACCAAAUAUAAUAUCUCCACAUUUGUAGUUGAUAUUUCUUAUCUCCGAGCUAAUUAUCUUAAUGUAUAAAUGACGUCACGUUGUUUGUAUGAGAUGAAAUAUUAAACAACUUCACCGGUUUUUAAUCAAAUUUGCGAUGUGAGGUGUUUACAUCUGAAUUUAUUCGGAUUUAUUCUAAUUCGGGUCAGCUAGUAAAUUAUAAAAAUUGUAUUCGAAAUAAGACACCUACUUACAGAAAGAAUAAGAUACUCCGAUACCCUUUAGUAUUUUUAAUAAUACUCCGAAUAUGUGUAAAAUAAUUGAUAAGAACACCCGUAAGAGAAAUCAAUACAAUAAGCCUUAAAUGUAUGGCGUUCUUUGAGAAGUGCAAUCUAUAAGCGAUUAUUAGGUGCGUUGCAAAGUACUUACAAUGUACGUUAACGUACUCGAACAAAUUUUAUACUAACUUUAUAAUCAUUGUAAUCGCGGUAAUAAAGUCAGAAUCCAAAAUAGAACUAUGUAUGGAAAACAAUUGUCUCAAAAGAAAUGUAUUAUUGCAAUAAAGGCGUUUCGUUAAAUUUAUUAUUGCUAAAAGAAUGGAAGCAGUACUGAAUUUAUAAUAACAAAAUCUUCCGAAACAAUCAGUUCCGAUUUCAAAGUAGCUUGUAUUGUAGAUAUCUCGUUAACUUUCAACCGCUAGAGAAGAUAAAUAAAUUUAACCUAUAGUAACUAUAGUCAUGCUACUUCUGUACCUGUGUUAACCAACUAUCUAUGUAUUCUAUUAGUUACAUGUAUAAGUAUUUCUAUAUAAUCUGCUUGAAAUGUGUAAAAGUACUAUAGCCAGUUUGUUUAAGAUACACUCAAGUCUACAGUCUAACCUAAUACCUAAUAUGAAGUUUAAUAUUCAUAUUAAUGACUAAAUGUGUAUGAGUUUAGCCUUACUACGAGCUUAAAGCCUUUAAUAUGUUGUAUAACUACUCACCAAUUAUGUUAAUGGAACAAGAUAUAUUUCUCAAACCAAA